GUUAUACCAAAGUAUUGCGGAGUGAUAAACGGGUGAACGUUGUAAGUUCUACCAAGAAGUUAAGAAUAUUUAAAUAAAAUGAGUUAAUUUUUACUAAUAUUAUCAUCAUCAUUGAAUAAUGAAUUAAAAUUAACGAAUUUUUAACUGAAGAAAUAAUGUUUCUUUCAAUAAAUAUUUUUGCAUUAUUACUUACUCAAUCACUUACAACAGCAACAGAGUUAGAUUCGAAGCCCCGACAGCUUGAAUUCGAUUAUAAAGCUCCUGAUAAGUGGAAAAAUAAAUUUCCGUCCUGCGGUGGAAGUAACCAGUCACCUGUUAAUUUAGAUUUCAAAAAAUUUCGGGAAGUUGUUGAUCCACAGAAACUUCAAUUUCAUCACUAUGAUAAUGUACCCAAAAAAAUGAUUAUUGUUAAUAACGGACACACACUGGAAUUACGAGGUCAAUGGCCGGAUAACGAAAUACCUUUUAUUUCUGGGGGACCACUCCAAAGUCAAUACAUAUUUAAGCAAUUACAUUUUCAUUGGGGUAUUAAUAAUCAAGAAGGAAGUGAGCAUACAAUUCAUGGUAAAAGUUUUCCACUGGAAAUGCAUUUGGUCCAUUACAAAAAAGAUUAUGAUUCUUUCAAUAAUGCGCUGAAUCAUACCGAUGGGAUUUCUGUUGUUGCAGUAUUCUUUGAUAUACAACCAGACGGGUCGGAGGGGAUAACAGACGUCCUAAAGAAUGCAUCUAAUUUAGUGAGUCCAAAUACCGAAGUAAACUUAGAACCAUUCGCUCUUUCGAACUUUGACGGAGUUUUUACUGCACCUAAAUACGCCAGUUAUUAUGGCUCAUUAACUACUCCACCUUGUACGGAGGCUGUAACCUGGAUAUUUCCAGUCUCUGUUUUGGAUGUUUCUAAAUAUCAAAUGAAAACAUUAAGAUGUAUAAACUUUAAACAUGAAGACUUCCAUAAUUAUCGGCCUGCACAAAAGUUAAACGAUCGAAUAAUAUACUUAUUCAAACAACCACCAGACUAAUAUAUUUAUUUAGAUUUAAUGAUCAUUUAUAAUUGAAUGAGAUUAUCAAGAUUAAUUAUACUAAAACAUUCAUU